GCAUCAACAAUCCGCCGCCGCCGCCGCGCUCCUAAUAUUCUCCUUCAAUAUAUUAUGAUUAUGAUUAUGAUUAUUUCGAAUAAUAUUAUUAUUUGUCACGUCUCGUUGCUUUCAUUCAUUCCGCAACUAUUUUCGAUUCGGAUCGGCGAUCUCUCCAGGCAUCCUUGCGCGACGUCGUGCAAGAAUCGUUUCAGGCUUUUCCUCCCCGGCCUUCACCGCAGCUCCUCUUCCUCCUGCAGGUUGUGAUCGAGCUCCGCCGACGUCGUCGCCUGCGGUUCCACUGACCAGGAGGCAGUUCCGCUUGCAUUUGCCAUGUUAUAAGGAGCUUUCUGUACGUGUUAUCGAAGAUGUUGACUGCGUACUUUUCCGGGAGAUCUGAUUCGUCUUGUUGUCCGCACAACACCGUGCUAAGUCCUGACCAAUGUCAUCAGAAAUACAUUGUUAGUAUAUCCAAGUUUGAUGUUGUCCCUGCCAUCUGAAUUGGUGUGCGUGCACGGGAUCUCAAGUGGUCGCCCAAGAAUCGAAACAGCAGAAUCACUUAAGAAUAAUACACGCUCGUUCGAAGUGCUUCCUACUGCUCUGUGCAUCGACACUCUCCUCCCAAUUUGUCCUGUAGCCGUUCAAAGAAUGUUCAUCUCACGCGAACGAGCAAUCAGGAAGCGUAAGCGAGGAGAAAGACUCUUCUCCUUUCACAGUUUUGCAGACCCUGGGUUCCCUGCGGAUUAUGACGGGCCAUUCAGAGAUAACGUCCGAACUUUUCUGGAGGAGUGUGCGGAAUCAGAAGUUUCCGUCGAUGGCCUACCUGGAUGGUGUGUGACUCUUCAGGACGAUUCCAAACAGAGUGGUCGCGUCAAUCUGUUGGUCUUCGUUGAGGACGUUCAGGAUUCCCUUCACCCCUACUGUGACCAGUGUCGAUGCAUUGGGUGGAGUCAUCAUCCGGUAUCGAACAAACGCUACCAUUUUAUUAUUCCCGCCUCAGACAAUCCCGAGCGCUCAAAGAGGACGAAUGGGAUUCUAAGUGCCAAGAUAUGCUUGAAUUGCAAGGAGCCGUUACCAUCCGGAUACCUUCGUUGUCCAUCCUGCGGUGAUGAAGCAGUGCCAGCUGGUUUCCUAUACUCUCAAAGCCAUCUGCUCCACGGAGUUAUUCACUGUAACGGCUUCGGUCAUCUCCUUCGCAUCAACGGAAGAGAGAAGGGAUCUGAUUCUGCAUCAGGGAGAGAGAUAAUGGAUCUCUGGGAUCGAAUGUGCGCAAUGCUGAGAGCCAGGAAAAUCAGUGUAGAAGAUGUAGCGAAGAAGUGUUCAUUGGAGCUUCGUCUGCUUCAUGCCGUUGGUUACGGUGAACCCUGGUAUGGAAGGUGGGGUUAUGUUUUUGGGCAUGGGAGUUUUGGCAUCACCCAGCAGAUGUACGUGAAGGCUGUCGAAGCUAUUCGCGAGAUGCCUUUAAGAGUUAUGGCACAGCACUUUGAAGGAGUCGACCAGGACGUGUUAAACAUAAUCGUCCUAUACCAGCGUAUUAGCGGUCAGACACUGCAGACCGUGGGUGACUUGAUCCGUUUCAUGAUGGAACUGAAAGUGAGAUUACCAGACCAUCCGGAAACAAAAGGUAUGUCCAAAGGACUUAAAGACAAUCACAGACGAAGCUCAAGCCUAAGUCCAACAGUUAGCAGCACUCCACCGACAGAAAUGCCUUCUAGAUGGUCGCUAAAACGUUUGGACCUAGCUACACAAGUUAUUGUGGAGGCUCUCAAAAGCUGUGACAAAAAGUGGAUGCCGAGGCAAGAUGUCCGAGAUGCAGCACGAGUAUACAUUGGCGACACAGGUCUUCUGGACUACGUCCUGAAGUCCUUGGGUAACCGCAUUGUAGGCAACCACAUUGUCCGCAGAGCCGUGAACCCAAUUACCAAAGUCUUGGAGUAUAGUCUGGAGGAUGCAGCUACAGCUGCAGGAGCUGUGAGGGAUCAAUCUCGAUGUCAAGCUCCGGAGACGACCUGUGAAAUAGGAAGAACCGAAGUUCUGAAAGACAUAGUCUACAUCUACAAAAAUGUAUUAGAAAAUUAUAAACCUGCCAGGACCAGCGGAAUCAAGCACAUGCUGACGGCGAUUCCCACAGCAACCAGAAUUAUUUUAGACACGAAACAGUUCAUUAAGGAUUAUCGUGGAGAACUCACGCGCAAGUCGGCUAACAACGACUGGAAUAUGGACGACGAUGAGUUGUUGAGAGUGAUGUGUACAGUCGUUCUGAACGACGAAGAUCCUGUACGAAACAGGCCUAGCCCUCCUCCUGAGUUGGUCGUUCUUCCCCCUCACGCAACAGUUAGAGAUCUCAAACUCGAGGCGCAGAGGGCAUUCCGUGAGACAUACUUCAUCAUGCACAGUUUCUGCGUGGAAUCAAUUCCUGAUCUAGUAUGCGACGACGAAGAUCUGUUGUUUGGAACUAUCGAAUCGGGUUCUCAUGUACGUGUGGAGGGCAGCGGUAUCCACACUUGCCACGACUGGCGUUACGAGGGUGGUAUGGAAAGCUGGACUGUUGACUGCCCUUGUGGUACGAAAGAUGACGACGGAGAGCGCAUGAUUGCCUGUGAUGUUUGUGAAGUUUGGCAGCACACUCGUUGCGGCGGGAUCUCUGACAUGGAUGUCAUUCCUCAACGCUUUCUAUGUCAUCGAUGUAGCAUCAAUCUCACUUUCUAUCACACCAUGCUCUAGACCUAUUUUUCUCAUUUGUUCUAGGCUUUGACUCAAAUUUGUCCAUGAUCUUCAAAAUCCUUUUCGUGGCCCAGAGAAGCCGCCACUGUCAAGCGGCUUGGAUGAAGCAGUAAGAUAGAACAUUGUCAAGCCCCUCUUGAGGACCAGUCCCUUUGUCCCACAAAAUUACAGCUACAUGUCGUUCAUCCUGUACAAAUAUCUGUAUUAAUAUAUAUUAUACCGGCGGUCACAAAUGCUCCGCCAGAUUA